AUGGAUCUUGUCGAUAAUCCGGUAGAGUAUAAAUUAAUGACUAUGUUAAAAGCGUAUCAAGUUAAUCGUUUCGAUAGAUUGACCUACAAUGAAGGCAAAAUUUGGUCAUUAAAAUGUAUUGAACAAUUACAACAACAAAUCCAAGCCAAUGAUAUAGAUAACAAGCACCAAGUAAAUCAUCAAAUCUAUUAUUUAUUAUCAUAUCAUUACUAUAAUCUGGGUCGAAUAUAUCAGCUAGGAUUAGGUACUACCAACAUUGAUCAAUCACAAGCAAGUAAGUAUUAUAAACUAGCUGCAGGGGAAAAUCACCCAUCGGCAAUCUACCAACUAGGAAAAUUGUGUGGUUGUACUGGUUGUGACUACGAAUAUACUAAACAACUCAAAAAUCAACGUCAAGUCGCUAUUUACCGAGUUCGACAAUUUGUUGCUAGUGCCGCAAUUGAUCCUUGGUGUUGCCAAGCAGAUGAUGAACUUACCAAGUGUUGUAAGGCUGAUAAAAUGUACUACAAUGCUUUAUAUAAUCAAAAAAUGACUUAUAAGCGAUUAUUGUCUACUUACCAAGAUGAUGAAGACGAUAAAAAUUUAAGGGAUCAGAUGGUUCAAAUUCCCCGUCAUAGUUCUAAACCUCAUCAGCAUGAUAGGGUGCUUGUAAAAUUGAGUAGCUUGUAUUGCCAACUGGGCUAUAUGAUGAUUAAAUUGAAUCAACUACAUGGAGAAAAUAUCGAUCUUACUGCCUAUCAGUACUUUAGCAAAGCUGCUAAACUCGGAAAUGCUUCCGGUUUCAUCAAUAUUGCUAUCUGGAAAUAUUCACACGGCUACGGCAGUCCAAAAGAUUCUGAACACUGUAUUCAAUUAUUCAUUAAAGCUAGCCAAUAUAACAGCCCACAAGCUCAUUUCUACCUUCUCCAACAUUGCUACGAAAAAUAUAUUUCUACUGCGAAUAUUCGCCAAGCUAAUCUCGCUGUAACCCAUUCUAGUUUGGCGCUCGCUUAUCCAUUUGCUUCUCCUCUCUUCUAUAUAGCAUCAUUAUUUUGGCUCGGUGGUACUGAUAGCAUUGAUCGCCAACAGUGUCUCUCUCAUCUUAAAAUGAGCGUAGCAACCGAUGAUUAUUUUGAUCAACGUGGAAGAGGCUUGUCGUAUCUGACAUUGGGUUGCAUUUAUAAACGAGGAGAAUGGAUUAAAGUCGAUUACAGUAUUGCAGCUCAUUGCUAUAGUCGCGCUGCUAUCCUUGGCCAUCACCAGGGUAUUAUUGAAGUAGCGAAAUUAGUUGAAAAAGGUAAAAUUGCCAUAGCAGAUGUUCAUACCGCCAUCCAGUUGUAUCGUGCCAUUAUCGAUUCUACCAAUAUCUCGAACCAAGUUCAAGCAUUAGCGAUGAAAAGAUUAGGACAACUCUAUCUUAAAAUGAAGACAACGACGAGUCAAUAUCGAGGGCGACAAUGGAUCAAUCAAGCAUUAAAUAAAUUUCAACUAGUAACUUAUGACCCCUUAGCGAAGUGUUGUGCCUACUAUCAAAUCGCUAGAAUUCACCAUAAAGGAUUAAGUACAGACAAGGAAAAUUUAGAGAAAGCCUCCAUCUAUUAUCGUAAAGUGUUAACAUCGAGUAGUCAUUGCAGAGAUGUAAUUUACCCUCGCAAAGCUGAAAUUAGAUUGAAAGACUUAGAUUUGUCAUGA